AUGGCGCAAGUUUUUCUUCAAUCGAUGGAUUGUUAUGUCAUCAGAGUGGAUUAUUCUGCAUUAGCUGGUCAAAACUACAUGGCUUCAGCUAAUUCAGUGCGUAAUGUUGGUAAUUACGUAGGAGACUUUUUGAUAAAAAUAACCAAACAAUUCAGUAUACCAAUGAGCAGUGUGCAUGUGAUUGGCCAUUCACUGGGUGGACAAGUUUCCGGUUUUGUAGGCAAGCGCGUAAUUGAAGUAACAGGUGAAAAGGUGCAUAGAAUUUCGGCGUUGGAUCCGGCUGCUCCGCUAUUUGAAAACAACCCGGACUCGAUGAGACUCUCGCGGAAAGAUGCACAAAUAGUUGAUGUUAUUCAUACCGACGGGGGUGUGCUUGGAUGCGAGUUGCCACUGGGUCACGUUGAUUUUUAUCCGAAUGGGGGCAAGCGAUGGCAACCCGGAUGUUAUUCUACUGAUAGUGAGAAUCCCAUUGAGAGACUUCAAGCUUAUAUGAAUGAUUUUUAUUGUAGUCAUCAUAAAUCCUAUCAUUAUUUUACUGCUUCGAUUGUUAAUAACUACAUGGCAACAAAAUGCAAUUCUUGGGUGGAUUACCAAAAUGGUUUGUGUGAUGAACACGCACGGAUCUUAUUUGGUGCACGGAUGCCCGAAAAUGCAACCGGAAGUUACUUCCUCGAGAUGGACAUUGACGACGAAUAUGCCCAGGACGUUUUAUUAGCGUCACAUUCAACUUUAUAA